AUGGCAGAGCCUCAAGCUGCCGCCGUUGUCGCCGAGGCGCCCCCGAGGCGGUCCUUCCGCUCCUUCAUCUGGGACACCGACACCCACCUGAAGAGCCACGAAGAGCGCGUUCUUCUUCGCAAGCUGGACUGGAGCAUCCUGACCAUCGGGUGCCUCGGCUUCUUCAUGAAAUACCUCGACCAGGGAAACCUAGCAAACGCGUACGUGUCGGGCAUGCAGGAGGACCUGUCCAUGUACGGCAACGAGUACACGUACGCGACCGUCAUGUACACGAUCGCGUACGCGCUCAUGCAGGUGCCCAGCACGCUGAUCGUGCAGCGCGUGCGCCCCAGCGUCUGGCUGGCCGCCAUGGAGGUGUGCUGGGGCGUCUUCACCUUCGCCCAGGCCGGCCUGCGCAGCGUCGGCCAGCUGUACGCCUUCCGCUUCCUGGUCGGCCUGUUCGAGUCCUCCUUCUUCCCCGUCCUGCUCUACCUCCUCGGCAGCUGGUACACCAAGACCGAGCUCGCCAAGCGCGUCGCCAUCUUCCACAUGACGGCGCCCCUGGGCGCCGCCUUUGGCGGCUACCUGCAGGCUGCUGUCUAUGAGAACCUCGAUGGGACGCAUGGCCUGGCCGGCUGGAGGUGGCUGUAUAUCGUUUGCGGUUGUAUGACGGUGCCGGUUGGGUUGGCCACCUACUUCAUCCUCCCCGACACGCCGUACACAACACGGUCCAAGUUCCUCACGGCUGCGGAAUGCGAAUUAGCACUUAAACGUGUGCAAGAUGCUGGGAAAGCAGCGCCCAAGCCCGUAACACUACAGACUUUCAAGCGUGCGCUGACGAAGUGGAGGUGGUACGCUUUUGUAUUGGGAUAUAUCCUGUAUGGCGAAUCCUGCCAAGCAUCCGGCUACUUUGGCAUCUGGCUCAAGGCCGAGAACUUCUCGGUGGUCGACCGGAACGUUAUCCCAACCGGCACGAAACUCAUCAGCGCAUUUUUUGUGAUAUUGUGGGGUUUUUUGUCCGACUUCACCGGGAGCAGGUUUGCGUUUAUCAUAAUUCCUCUGCUCCUGGGCGCAAUUCCCAAUGGUAUUCUGGCUGCUUGGCCAGCGAGUAUUCCUCUGAAAGAAGCCGCCUUUCUACUAUCCUCCAUACACCUUAUGACAGCAGUCUUCUACACGUGGGCCAACGAGAUCUGCGCCGAUGACAACGAAGAGCGUGCGCUGGUCGUCAGCAGCAUGAACGGCAUGCAGUACGCCGUCGAUGCCUGGAUGCCCAUUGUCAUCUUCCCACAGACCAUGGCGCCCACCUUUCGGCGUGGGUUCCCUGCCACCUUUGGCUUCGUGCUGGCGGCUAUACUAGCCGUACUUCUCAUCCGGUUUCUUGUGUACCGUGAGGAAAAGCAGGAGUCCAAGGCUAGGUCUGGCGAGGACAUCGAGUCCGCGGGCACGGUGACGUAUAGUAAUGGGGAGGAUGGCGAGAAGGAUAUCAAGAUGCGAUGA